UUCGUUCUUGUUACAUAAAGAUUAAGCUGAAUAACUUUUCGUGUCGUCAUUAUAUUCGUGACUGUUAACUCUACUUCAAAAAAUAUUAAGCAUCUAUCAUUUGUUGUAUCAUUUACACAAUGUCAAGAGCACACACGGUUUUUAAUGGAACAGCUGACAACUUUUAUGACCCAAAUAUUAGUUGGGACAUUAACAAAAAGAUGCAUGUGCCAGAAAGUAUUCGUGUAUGCGAUGACUGCACAGAGGGAGAAGUAAUUGGUACAAAUGGAUCAGAAUGGAAUCAAGUUGCAGCAGAAAAAUUUGAUAUGCAUGUUCCAGAUAGGAUUUUAGUUGUUGGACAAGGUCAACAUAUUGGAACAAGAGCACCACCUAGAGAAAUUACAUUGGAAAAUGCUAUCUUGCCAUCUGACCCAGACACAGUUAGAUUGCAAACUCCUCCACGAAUUUUGACACUGGAUAAUCACUAUUUUCCGGCAGUCGAUGAAGACGAACCAAAUACUUGUCCGACGGAAUUUAAGGAUCCGGUACCUUUUAGAGCUCAUAACCAAUAUUCCACGGAAACACAAAUAGUUAGACACGCUAGAGAACAAACGCCAUCAUUUAAUACGCUCGAUGUUUCUCAUCAAUCUAGCGAAGAAAUACAGCAUUUACGUCGGCAAGUAGGGAAAUUAAAUCGUCGAGUAAUGGCUAUUGAGUUGGAUAUGUUACAACGUCAACAAAAAAACAAAAUUAUAUAUGCAGUAACAUUAACAUACUUCAUUCUAAAAGCUUUGUCUUGGUUAACAAGAAAUUGAAUUUGUGUCAAAUAAAUAUGAUAGGUGAACAUCUUGUGUAAAAAAUGGUUCUGCUAAACCAUAUAAAUGCAGGAUGCUCUGUAAGAGUCUUACUCCAAGAGAAAAUUUUGAAUCAAAGACUCUACCGUGGAUGCAUGAAUUUAUGAUGAUGUUCAAAAUGAAUGUAUCAUAUAUGUUCAAGAUCAAAUUAUUAAUGCUAUUUAUGUAAAAGUAUUGUAAUCAAAUUUUCAAAUACUUAACUUUACAAAGCACAACAUUUAUUAUUUUUUUGUCUGGUGACAUGAUAAAUUAGGAUAUUUAUCUUUUU